AUGCCAGAGCCCGAUUGCGAGAGUCCAAAUGCUUCAUCUCAGAAGCUCGUCGAUGUCGAUGUCCUUGAGCGAGCCCUUCGCGUUGUCAGAAAUACACUGCAAGUUCUACAUUUACACAUCGUGCCUCCGCGAGCACCGUGGAAUCAGUGCCUUCGCAGCAUAUCUUUCCAGGAUUUUCCUAGUCUGCACACUUUACAUGUCCCUUUGCAGCUCCUUGCGGACAAAGCAAACACGACAUCGCGACUCCACGAAUCACUUCCUAGAUCGCUUCGGGAGCUGUGGCUGAAUGAUGAUGGAGCUCUGCUAUGGCUGAACCAUUUCGACUUCAACUCACCACACGGCGAAGAAUGGACGCUCGACAACUAUUGGUACGAGAAGAAAAAUCAUCCGAUACAUUCGGACGAAGAAAUCACCAGCUUGAUCUCAGACUACCUCUCAGAUUUUCAUCUUUACACACCACAUCUGAAAUCGCUCAAUCUGCUUUUCUACUUUUUCGAAUCUUGUACCUGGGGUCAUCGGGAUGUUUCGUUCAUCGAAGACACUCUAAGAACGGCUAAAUGUGCCAACGGAGUCGUACUUUCCGUUUUCGAGCUACUCAAACGCUCCUAUCGCCUGCAACGUGAUCUCUCUACUAAUGGACAAUAUCCUCCCUACUUUAGCAGAGCAGUCAUGAAGAAGGGCUUGGAUCUGAAAAAACACAGGCGUGAACCUGCAUAG